CUUCCAUGACUCUCUUUUGAUGCUCUUUCAACCACUUUCUUCCUCCUUUUACCCGCAUCAGGUACUUCUUCUUCUUCUUAUUCUUCCACGUUCACCAUGGAAGCCCAUUCUUCUCCCUCAACGACGUCGUUUUAUCACCAGAAACGUUUCCUGCAGGAGAUGGAUUUCUUCUCUGACAAAAAAAUCAAGACUGAUGAUUAUCAACAUGAUCAUGAUGAUGAUCUGAUGAUGCUAAACGGGCCCACAGAGCUUCACGCUGAUGCGAGUUUAGAUCUUGUGACUGUGACGAGCAGUAGCAACAGAUCGAUGGUGGAUGAUGGGGCAUCAUACGCCAUGGAAGAGAACAAGAAAAAAGAGUAUGUAGCUUUGUUAGCUGAAUUGCAGCAGAUAAAAGCUGAAAAUCAACGUCUGAGAGAUUUGCUUGAUCAAGUGAACCUAAACUACAAUGCCCUGAAAUUGAAACUUACCAAGCUCAAGCGGACGCAAAGUAAUAAUGAGGUAGAAGAAGGCAGUGGAGAUCAGAUUGAGAGGAAAAGAGGAAUGAAUAUGACAGGGCUAUUAGUUGAAGAUAGUAAUAAAAGUGAAGGCAAAUUGAGAGAAAGCAAAAGCAAUAAUAAUAUGCUUGAUUUGAUGGAAUGCAAGAUUGAGAAGAGCACAAAUAAUAAUGAUCAUCAGCCACUUAACAAAGGUUAUGGGAACGAUCAUCAUAAUAGUGAUCAUACAAAAAGCAUUUCAUCAGAAACCAUAUCACUCGUCAGGAAAGCUCGUGUUUCUGUUCGAGCUCGAUCUGAGACUCCAAUGAUAGCAGAUGGAUGCCAAUGGAGAAAAUAUGGGCAAAAGAUGGCAAAAGGAAACCCUUGUCCCCGAGCUUAUUAUCGUUGUUCCAUGGGAACUGCUUGUCCUGUACGAAAACAA